AUGGCGGAAAGCUUUAUUUUAUUCAUUUAUUUGUUUUGUGGCGGAAAGCCAACCGUAUUAACUUGCAAUCCUACACUUGUUGCUCGGAUCUUAGAAAUACCACAAUAUCUGCAUGAAGCUGGAUGGACUGCCAGAGGAAGAGUUGUGGCAUGCACACAACCUCGUCGUGUGGCAGCAACAACAGUGGCUCAGCGAGUAGCCGACGAGAUGCGUGUUCAGCUCGGUAUGGAAGUAGGAUAUACUAUCCGUUUUGAAGAUUGCACCGAUCCAGGCGGGAAAACGCGGAUUAAAUAUAUGACCGACGGAAUGCUUUUCCGCGAAGCGCUCAUGGAUCCACUGUUGUCUAAGUACAGUGCGAUCAUGCUAGAUGAAGCGCACGAACGCAGUCUUUACACCGAUAUUUUGAUGGGCGUCCUAAAAAAGAUUUUGAAGAAAAGACCAGAGCUUAGAGUCAUCAUUUCCUCAGCAACACUGGAUGCUGAAGCCUUUGCAGCCUUUUUUUCCACGAAUAAAACGCCUGAUGAUGCUUCCUUGGACAACACUGCGAUUCUUUCUGUGCAAGGACGCAUGUAUCCUGUAGAUAUUCACUAUCUUGCUGAACCAAGUUCGGACUAUAUUGAGACAGCGAUUCAGACGGUAUUUGAUAUCCACACCAAGGAGCCAGCUGGAGAUAUCCUUGUGUUUAUGACGGGACGCGAGGAAAUUGAACAGGUCGUUAACGAGAUACGUGAGAGGGCUACGACUCUACCACCAAACAAAUACGCUGAGAUUCUCGCCCUACCAAUUUACGCGGGAUUGGCGCCAGAGGAGCAGAUGCUUGUAUUUGAAUUACCAGAGAGGGGGGUUCGAAAGGUUAUAGUUGCCACCAACGUUGCAGAAGCUUCAAUCACCAUCCCCGGGAUCGGAUUUGUAGUCGACACUGGUUUUGUCAAAAUCCGAGCCUACAACCCCAGGACAGGGAUAGAAGCAUUAACUACCACCAGUAUAUCACAAGCUUCUGCAGAACAACGGUCUGGACGCGCAGGACGUAUUCGGAACGGUAAAGCCUAUCGUCUCUAUACUGAGCAAUGCUUUCACAAUGACAUGCGAGUAGCCUCUGUUCCUGAGAUUCAGCGCUCAAACCUUGCAGGCAUGGUGCUACAAUUGAAAGCUCUAGGAAUAGAAAAUGUGCUGCGUUUUGAGUUCAUGACAAGUCCACCAGCAGAAAUGAUGAGUAAGGCACUGGAGUUGCUCUAUUCAUUAAAGGCAUUAGAUGAGUAUGGACGACUCACUAUUCCAUUGGGAAUGCGUUUGGCUGAGUUUCCGUUGGAUCCUUUGCUUGGGAAAAUCUUGUUGGAUUCUGAGAAGUUUGGGUGCGGCCAAGAAAUGCUCACGAUUGCAGCCAUGGUGUCAGUGCAAGGCCCUCAUAAUCUAUCCAGCUGUAUAUCUGGGCAAGGUGCGCGGUACGAUGAGACUCAGGAUGCAAGCACUAUGAUCCGCAAGUGCUUGGUCUCUGGAUAUUUUGCGCAGGCUGCCAAGAUAGCGCCGGAUGGAACCCAUUGGACUAGCGUUCGUGAGUCGUCAACCCCUAGAUUUUCCUCAUUGCCUGGCUAUACACCGACGAAAUUAUGGAUGCAUCCAACGUCAAUCUUGUUCAAGCAGGCGCCUAAAUGGGUAAUAUUCCAUGAAGUUGUUGAGACAAGUCAGGCCAAAGCAUUCAUGCGUGAGGUUUCUGUAAUUGAGCCUGAAUGGCUGGAGGAGCUUGCGCCCCACUUCUACCAAAUUAAAAAACAGCCCUGA